ACACUCCCCUAAAACCUUGGACGUGGAUGCCUGCGUCUCUGAUUGGUUGUGAAGCCCCGACCGACAACACCUGCUUAACUCCUUCAUCCAAAUUGACACCCGGGGCUCUGAGAAAUAUAGGCAGCAUCCCUUCCAGCUCAUGCAUUCAGUCCCACAGCUGCCCCAUAAGACACCAAGCCGCAGCUGCGCUGAUCACUGAUCCAAGGUGAACCCUCACUCACACACACACACACACACACACACACACUCACUCACACACUCUCACUCACACACACACACACGCUGCCGGAUCUUUGCUGGGAAUUGAAGCGCGCCGUCGGAGACGCAAUGCUGGUCAAGCUGGCCGUGGCUCUGCUGGUUUUGUCAGUGCUGGAGCAAGUAGUGGGAUCGGAUAAUACUGAUAUUCACGACAGCCCCCCGGAGAAGCCCGCGAGCCAGAAAGGACGCCUCUCCCUGCAGAAUACAGCUGAGAUCCAGCACUGCCUGGUGAGUGCAGGGGAUGUCGGCUGUGGUGUGUUUGAGUGCUUUGAGAAUAACUCCUGCGAGAUACGAGGGCUACAGGAAAUCUGCAUGACGUUCCUGCACAACGCUGGCAAAUUUGACUCUCAGGGUAAGUCCUUCAUCAAGGAUGCUCUGAAAUGUAUGGCACAUGGGCUACGGCACAAGUUCAGCUGUAUCAGCAGGAAGUGUGUGUCCAUUAAGGAGAUGGUGUUCCAGCUCCAGAGAGAGUGCUACAUCAAACACAACCUGUGCUCUGCCGCUAAGGAGAAUGUGGCCGUCAUGGUGGAGAUGAUCCAUUUCCAAGAUCUCUUUCCUAAAGGUCCAUAUGUGGAGUUGGUGAAUAUUCUCCUGAGCUGUGGAGAGGAGGUGAAGGAGGCGCUGACACGGAGCGUCCGGCUACAGUGCGAGCAGAACUGGGGGGCUCUGUGCGACAGCCUGAGCCUCUGCUCCUCCCUCGCCCCAUCUCCCGCGGGCUCUGCCGCCGAACACCACCGUCGCCCUUUGCCCUCCCACCCCGAACCAGAGCAACCUCGUCCCCCGCGGCAAGGCGACAGCAAGGACAAAGCUGGUAAGGCGGGCUUUAACGCUCACCCGCGCAAUCGCAGUCAGGGGCCGCGCCGCCAGAGUCCAGAAGCUGGAGUGGUGGCUGAGCAGGAAGACCCUGAGGCCACCGACAUCCGGAGGUGAAAGUGCAGGAGGCUGUCCCGGCUUUGACCGCCCAGCCCACCCCCCCACACUUGCCCCUGACUCCCUACACCAUUUAAAAACCACACUUGCAGACUUGUGCACACACACACACACACACACACACACACUUCUCCACACAUGCACACACACAAAUUCCCAGACAGACUGAGCAGAAGGAAACAAGCCCCGACUUUUCCUGUCCUUAUUCCGCCCUCUCCAGUCAUUCCAGCAGUCCCACAUGGUAAACUUGCAGGGUAAUUGUGGUGUAGCUUGUAACGUUAUGCCAGACUGUAGGCCACAGUUUUUUUUUAAAUUGAAUAAUAAUUGUUAUUAUCAUGAUUAUUUCAACUGUUAGGACUAUUUUGGCUCUAAUAUAGCAUUUCUCAAAUCAUACUUACUGUAAGAUUUGAUUAUAUUUGUAUUAUUUAUUUUAUUCUUUAUGCAAUGUUGAAAUAUCAAAAUGUACAUAGAAAUAUACUUAUCUAUAUUUAUAUAAACAUGUAUAAAUAUAGUUACAAUAUGCAAUACUGAUAUACUAUAGUUGACAUAGUAUAUGGCGUGCUGUCUGUUGUUCUCUUCACAGUAUUGCACCCAUCACACAUUGGUCUGUAGAUAUGUAACAUACACCAUUAGUUGUUUCAAAGUGGGAAUGUGUAUUAUAAUUAUAGAUACUUGAUGAUUAAAUACAAAUUGUACAGGUUUCAAGUCCAGUUCUGGCACAUAUGAAUUGUAGUGCAUGAUGGCCACAAAGCCAACAAACUUGUGCAUUCUUAAAGUGAAAAUCCACUCUAAAGAGGAUGCAAAUGUAAUACUAUGAAUAUGGACAGUUAUUUCACCCUUUGUAUGUAUUGACCAUAAAGCUAGAAAUAAGAGAGCCAGGGCUGAUUUCUGAUGUCAUCAAGCACGGAUGUCUGGGCAGCAGUGAAUGGGAGGCUAACACAGCAGACACCGUUUUAUGGACUUUCUGUUUCAUAUAUAUCAGUGCUACUCUGACAUGUGUCUCAUUUGGAUGCGAAAAGUGUCACGUUCAUUGUCAGCUUCAGUGACAUUACAGUUUAAUGUUGCGUGUAUAGCUUCAGGAGACACCAUUGUUCUUGUUCAUAAAUAAUCACUGAACUGUCAAAUGUUAUAUAUAUAUAUAUAUAUAUAUAUACUCUUUGAGUUGGUUUUCCAUUUUAAUUGUCAGCUAUCAGUGAACUGCAGCAAAGAAAGGAUGUCCAAUCACAUUUUGAUUCUUUUCAAUGUAAAAAAAAAAAUCAUACACAUCGAGGUGCCUAAACUUGUUAUUGUCCACAGUGACCGCUUCUCUGUGAUUUAAGUGAAUGGAUGAUACUGUGUCAUUGGGAGAUUUAAUGUUGAGCUAUUUUACAGUGAUGUUGAGCCACAAAAGUCUUAGAUAUUGCACUUUGGAUGAUUGUCGGUUUGUGCUGGACUGCUGCAGGUUGAGAAAUGAGACCAGGUUACCAGAACAGUCGCUCUCUAAUCAGAGCAUCUUUCAUUUGAGUAAGCCUGGUUUUGCUUAUCAACUACAGCACCAAGCCCUGUAUCCCCACAUGCUCCUUAGGACCAGAUUGAGUCCCCCUCUUUAGAGGAGCCAUCCUGACCUUUUGCAGUGUCCCAGUGGCCAGGAAAGAGGCUUGACAGAAAUCCUCCAGAUCUCUGGCCACUCUAAAUUAGCCCUUAUUCCUCUCUGGUCCCUUACCUAGGUCAGGAGAGACAUGAAGGCCUGUUAUUCUACCCGUUAGAGCCGCAGGCAACGCAGCGAGGACCCAGGAACUGGGUUAAGUCCACACACGGGGGCUCUGGCGCUGUUAUUCUAAAUGUUAUAUUUACCGAGGCCACCAGAGAAUUCCUCUGGGCCACAGCCAAGAGCCAGCAACACAGCGAGACAGAGAGGAGUGGAGCAAGAAGGAGAGAGACAUACCCAAGUUUUUUUCUUUUUUUUUAUGUGAUGACUGACUCUGUCUUUACUUCUCCUGGAACUCUUCUUCCCUUCCUCCCUUUCGCCACAGACACAGGCUUUUUGACCAUUUCAGGCCAGUCACAUGCUUUAGCUGUGGAGGUGCAGUUUAUGAGCACAUUACACCACAUGCUGGGGAGCGCUUGGUGCAAAGAAUAAAUAAAUAAAAGUAAAACAUGCUCAGAUUUUGUGGCUCAGUUUAGGGUUUUUCAUUUUGUUUUAUCCUGAUGUACUUACAGUAAGGUAAUGUUUUUACUCCCAAUCAUUUAGAGACUCUUAUAACCUCAGAGGGUUUGAAUCAUCAGUGAGGCUUUCAGGCUGUUUUUUUUUUUUUUUUUUUAAUUCUGUUGUGGAAGUUGGGAUUCCUGUGACAUCCCAGCAUGAGACAUAAGCUAAUCCUAUUGAGAAUGUACUGUAUGUGUGUAAAGUGACAAUCUGUUCAGCUCUCUGUCAUUAGGUUUGAUAUGGCUUUUUGUAAUAUUGUAGUGGCUUGAAUGGCUUUUCUUUAUGUGUUCAGAGGAAAAUAAAACUAACCACGUUUUCCUGUAUUGUUAGUGCUCUAUAUCGCCACAUUAUGUGUUUUCCUCUGUUAAGCACAACGACUCUGCUUUCACCAAUGAAAAUGCAGAACAUGGUCUAGAAGUUUGUAACUCACUUGUAACACAUUCUUAAGAUCCUAUAAAUAUCUUUGGACUCAUGAAAUCAGAUGUAUCUUGUUAUCAUUAAAAUAUUUUUGUCUGUA